AUGCAGUAUAGCAAGAAACAGUAUAUGAAGCUUCUCAUAGUAAAGGUCCUACAGCCCAUCCAAGAUAAGUUGCAGAAGUAUCUAGAGAAACCCCAAACGUACAAGGACACCGUGCAAUUCCUACAGAAGCUGGAAGAUGCCAUGCCCGAACGUCAAAAGACAAGAAAUUCCCAACAACGGGAUGGUCACAGCAGCAGCGGUAAUGAAUACCAGGCAGCCCCAAACCAUCACCGCACUAAAGCGAGACCCCCCAUAGAUAAACAUAAGAAGGAUGACCAGUUCCCCCAAAGGGACAAGGCCGCUACGGGCAGAAGCAGUGGCGGAAACCCAAAGAAAAAGGAACAUAGGAAGCCUAAAGGGGAUCAGACCAAGUCCACCUGCAACUAUUGUGGCAAGGAAUGCUUAGAAGAAGCUAAAGAAGCAUAA